AUGUUUCCUGUGCUUCGUAUAUCGAUUCGUGGUCUUGAUCCAGAUACAUUUUAUGAAAUUAAAUUAGAUUUUUCUCAAGCUGAUAGUCAUCGUUGGCGCUAUGUUAGUGGUCAUUGGCAACCAGGUUCAAAACAAGAACCACCGGUAUCACAAGGCCUUUAUUCACAUCCAAAAUCACCAAAUUAUGGAAAAUAUUGGAUGAGUGAUAUAAUUUCAUUUUGUAAAGUUAAAUUAACAAAUAAAACAAACAGUAGUGAUGAAGAUCAGAUUGUUCUCAAUUCUUUACAUAAAUAUGAACCACGAAUUCAUGUUCUACAAGUUCAAGCGGAUGGUAAAGAAAGUAUUCCAUUGUAUACAGUGAGUUUUUCUGAUACCGAGUUUAUUGCUGUUACCGCCUAUCAAAAUGAAGAAAUUACAGCAUUAAAAAUAAAAUAUAAUCCAUUUGCCAAAGCAUUUCAAGAUGCCAAAGACAGAACGGAUCGAGAUCAAAAUGAAGAUACACAAUUUCUUGAUCAAAAUUUUACUUCUUGUUUUCCAAUGUUAUCACCAUCCGUCUAUUCUCCACAUCAUUUUAAUUUUGUCACAAACCCUUCGUCAUCGUGCAUGCAUCGUUUUAUUGAUCGUAAACGUUUAUCAAAUUAUCGUUCAACUCCCUAUACUUUCGGAACUGGUCACCAUCAUCCUCAUCGUACAUCAAACUCAUUUAUUGAUCCAUCGACAUUUUAUUCGAAUUCUCCAUUUCAUCAUCAUGACACCUAUUCAAACGGUCAAAGUGGUGUCAAUUCGAUGCCAUGGCUAGCGCCUUAUUCUUAUCAACAACAAUCGCACUCAUCUCCAUCAUCUUCCGAGACAUACUCAUCGGAUGUUUCAACAUCCAACAGCAGUCAAGUUAUUCGUAAUAUAACAGUAGAACAAAUGGGCCACAAUCGAUUUGACAAAAUGCACAAUCAUACGGGUAUUAACACAUUUUUACGUAGUUAA